UCAAGUGAAGAUUUUGCUCUGGUAAGCUAAUCAAGCUCUCUGCUUUGAGAUUUUCUUUCGUUUUCUUCCACAUUUUCCCGAGAAAAUAAAAGCUUUAGCCUUUUUUUUUCGUCUUUGUUCUCGGGUCAAGUUUCUGUCGAAACAUGAUCAAACUCUUCUUAGGAAUGUCUGGUUUUGUGUGUGUCUUCGCGAUCUUCGUCUUCUUCUCUAUUUUCUCGAGAAAAGCUAAGAACUUUGUUUCAAUUUCAGGGUUUACAAGGAGAGAAAUUUCAUCUUGUCGGCGAAAUCUCAAAGUGGUUUAAAGGUUUUGCCCAAAUGUCUCAGAGACUUCAUGUUUGCAAAAAAUGUGGAAAAAAGUUUGCAACUUUAAAAGGUGUCUAUGGUCAUCAGAGGAUCCAUUCUGGUAAUUACAAUAGAAUCGAAGAUGAUAAUGGUUUGCAAAAGAUUUGGGGUCUUAAGAAGUCUAGGGUUUGCUCUGUUUCAGCUUCUGAUCGAUUCAAAGGAUCUUCUUUUAUGACUGAGAUUAAGAAACAUGAGGUGAUUGAAGCUGCAAUGAACUUGGUUAUGUUGUCUAGACGAGUUUAUGACUUUGCUUCUAUCAGAAAUUUGCCUCUGGGUGUUGAUUUCAUGGAUUUAGAGCUUAAACCUAGUCCUUUGAGAAGUAAAUUGCAGAAAAAAACUCAGUCUACCUAUAAAUGUCGUAUAUGUGACAAGAGUUUUGUGUGUUCUCAAGCUCUUGGUAGCCACCAAAGACUUCACAGAUCGAUGAAAGGGCAUUUAGUGCGUAAAAGGGAGUACAUUGAGGAUGAUAGUUCACUGUUGGACUCAUCAGAAGCUAAGAUGAUUGUUUCACAACCAUUAAGCGUUGAAGUCUCUCAGGAGAAGAUCUUACAUUGUGCUGAGUCCAAACUAGAUGACUUCAGCGAACAGCUUGCUCACUCGGAUUUCGACAAGUCUAGUAGUUGCAGUAAAACCAGGUUCAGUGCAUUACAUUCUCCUAUGAGAAGUAAAUCUCACUUCAGCUAUAGAUUCAAAAUAUGUGGCAAAAGUUUUGGGUGUUCUCAAGCUCUAGGUGGUCACCAAACACUUCACAGAUCGAUUAGAGGACAAUUACCGUGUAAAGAUGAUAAUUCGCUGUCUGACUCAUUAGAAGCUAAGAACAUUGUUACACAACGAUCAAGCUUUGAACUUUCUCAAAAGGAGAAGAUCUUACAACGUGUUGAGCCGAAACUAGAGUUCCACGAACGGCUUACUCACUCUGGUUUCGACAAAUCUAGUACUUGUAGUAAAGCCAAUUUCAGUGCAUUCCCUUCUCCUCUAAAAGCUAAGAAGAUUGUUUCACAACCAUCAAGCUUUGAAGCCUCCGUGGACGAAAAGUUCUUACAUCGUUUUGAGCAGAAACUAGACUUCAGCAAACAACUUGCUCACUCGGGUUUCGACAAUUCUAGUAGUUGCAGAAAAACCAAGUUCAGUGCAUUACAUUCUCCUCUGAAAAGUAAAUCUUACUCCAGCUAUAGAUUCAAAAUAUGUGGCAAGAGUUUUGUGUGUUCUCAAGCUCAAGGUGGUCACCAAAAACUUCACAGAUCUGAAGAUGGUAAUUCAUUCUCUGGCGUGACUGACUCAGAAGCUAGCAAGAUUGUUUCACAACCAUCAAGCUACAAGUCUCAGGGGAUAUAAAAUGUCAGUGCUUUGAUGUUUCCAAGUGUUACCAAAGCUUUUGAGGUUUCACAUUAUACCAGAUUACUACAGAGAAAAGGUAGAUAUGUGUUCAUCUAUAUAGAAUCUUCAGAUUGAUUGAACAAUUAGGUAUGUGUUAGAAAUUAGAGAUUGAAACUUUAGAAUGAUUUGAUUUGCAAAUGUGUAUAGUUGUGACAUUUUCCUCUAUUUUUUUCUACUCUUUUGAUAUAGUACAGAUAUGAAAAAACCAGGUUUUGUUAGUUUGAAACUAUCCUUGAGCUCUGUCCAAUUCUUUGGUUCGAAUACAAUUUCUUCUUCUAGAGUAUAUGUUUCCACCUUCAUGUCUGAGUCUCUAAGACACAGAAUCAAUCAACCUUAUUAGGCCAAAGUGAAAUUGAUAAUUUUAUUGGUCCAAUUAAUCCAAACGAACAGAUUUUUCG